UUGUUGCCCUGUGCUUACUGAAAGGUGUCAUGUGACACUCUUUAACGCGAGCAGAAACACCAGAGAGCACAGACAGAAGAGUUUGGAUUUUUUUAAAAAUAUAUAGAUAGAUAUUUUUAGAGGGUUUAAAUUCCCUCGUAUAUAAAAGCGAAGAAGGAGAAAGCGGAAGUCUGAGUGAGCUCGAGCUGCAAUGGGGUGCUGUUACAGCAGCGAGAGCGAAACAGCCGAACAGGAUGGAGACGAGCGCAAGCCGCUGAUCCCGCACCCAAACCCGGACAGCAAACCUCCAAACGGGACGGAGCGGAACCCGGCCAACAUCUCGUCCACCCGCACAGACGAGCAGGCCCUGCUGUCAAUCAUCAACAAGACUGCGCAGAACAUUAUUGAUGUAUCAGCUGCAGACUCACAGGGAAUGGAGCAACAUGAGUACAUGGACAAAGCCCGACAAUACAGCACGAAGCUGGCGGUGUUGAGCAGUACUCUGAGUCAGAAGAAGCCACCUCCUCUGCCCUCCCUCACCUCCCAACCUCACCAAGUGCUUGCGAGUGACCUAGUGCCCUACUCUGACAUCCAACAGGUGUGUAAAGUGGCAGCGUACGCCUACAGUGCCAUCUCACAGAUCAAGGUGGAUGCCAAAGAAGAGUUGGUGGUGCAGUUUGCUAUCCCCUGAUCCUUUUCUCUCUCUCUCUUUCUCCCUCUCUCUGUCCUCAUGCCCAUUUUUUAGUUAACUAAUCAAACACAGGGAUAAGAUCCACCUCUCGCUUGUCCCUCAUCCAAUCAGACGCACUCUUUCUUCCCAAGAGUGCUAAGCGUGUGUUUGGGUUUUUUUUUUUUUUUCCCGCCCUCCUUUCUUCUUCCAACACCUAUGUGCAGCUAAUGCUGAAGGUAAACGACUAAAACCUCUGCAUUCCAGUCUGUCAAGGUUCAGUGAAGUUAGAAUCUCAACCCUUCCCUUCAUCAUGUUUAACGAUUCCAACCAAUCAAGCACAGGGGUGAUGGCUCUGUCUCCAAUUGUCCAGUUAGAGGCUUCGUCCCUGCCGACACUUUAUGCAUGAAGGCUGAAAGUUAAAGAACAAAGCCACGCUCUCAUCCACUUCCCCAGACACUGUGUGUUUUUAAAGGCUGAUGCUAGAAGUUUAAUCCUCAGCUGUAUUGUCUCGUUCAAUCAGAUGCACCAUUCCCCUGAGGGGGAAAAAAAAUAAUAAUAAAAAUACUCCUCGUGUUUAAAACUAAAACCCAAAAGACAAAUUUCCCUGCCGCCUUUUCAGUCACUUGGAUUUGGGGGGCGGGGGAAUAAAUAUAACAGGAACUCGAGCCACAGCUGCUUUUGUGUUAACUUUUAAUAAACCCACCAGGUCUAAAGCACUGAUGUUUUUUGUUCGUGCGUGUGUUGCGACGGUUCCCAUUUGAGCACGUUUUCUUCCUAAACAGAUGGAUUCCAUUUUGUUUCUUUGCAGUUAGAGAAUUAUGAUCUUGUUCCUAACUUGAUCGCCGUUGCUCAUCCCUUUCUGUGAUGUCAUCUCCAUGCCUUUUAUUAGAAUUUUCUCCGUUUGUCACUUACCAGUUUCUACCCACCUCCCCAUCAUACCACAGCUCCCAACUAGAGAAGGUGAAAGCUAGCACGAGCAUAACGCACUUGCAGGAAAGCCCUAUCCACCCUCUCCCACCUACCUGAGCUGACAGGUGUGCGUGAGUGAGUUUGACGGAAGAGAGAGUAUACCAUCCCUAACGGAUUGGGAUUUGAACUCGCAAGCUCCUGACGAGAGCCCACAAGGGUGGAGUGACUUCUUAACGAAGGCCACAAUCCAGAUAGGAAGAAAAUCAGUAGACGUUUCAGAUAUCGCGCUACCUUCAUUAGAUAUUCUAAUAGUUCAUGAAUAUUCAUAAGUCAGAACUGGGGGGGGAGCUGACUCUUGAACCCAGGAAUGGUGAAGUGCUUUCCCCCCCUCCCCCUUUUUGAAAUAUUCAUGAGUCAGAGAUGAUGGAUGACUAUUGGUGAAAGGCGAGGUAGAGGGUGCGAAUUUGGGCAGUGUGACAACAUGAGGAGGGCGGAGUUUGUGAAUGCAUAUUCAUGAGACAAGCAAUGUAGGGAAAGGUGUGGGUUAUUGAUGAUGCAUGUGCUCGCUUAAUGCUUUGCCGUAAAUAUUUUGGGUUUUGCACAAAUGGAAAGGGUUGCAAUUAAAGGGGGCGGGGUUAUAUUUGCAAAUGUUAAUGAUUUAGGGUGUAGAGGAGGAAGCUGAUUGGGUAUUGGUGUUUUUUUUUUUUUUUGGGGGGGGGAGUGGUCCAUACCAUAAUAUUAGGGGUGGAGCCUUUUCUCUAAAAGAUGAUUUGCUGCAAAGAUAUUUUUUUUUGGACCUUUUUAUGAGUGUUUUGCCAACUUCCUGAAAUGUUUAUAGGAUUAAAUGUGUAAUGUUUUUUCUUAAUAAAUUACAUUAAUACUGUUGAACAGCAGAGAGAAGAUGGGGAGUCGUUUACAGAGAGGGGGCGAGGCUGAAAUUGGCUAUAUGAUGUAUGUGAUUUUUGGCAUGAAUAUGCCUUGAACAUGCGAACUGUGUGUGAAUGCGUGAGAGAAAAUAAGAUGGGGUGUGUGUGCCGUCUGUGAGGAGGAGUGUGCUUUACACAUCCGUAGCCGAUGUUUUUAACCAGAGUAGUGAUGCACUUUUACCUUGCCUGAUCAGUCGCUAUUAUGCACAUGCCAAUAAUCCAUUCUGAUAUUACGGUAACUGGCUGAUCUUUUAUCAUAAUUCAUAUUCCUGUAUUGGGCUGUAUGUAACUUAUUUUAGUCAUACUGACUGUCUUCUGUACAGAAAUAGCAGCAGCAGACCAGACUGCGUCCUGAUAAAUCAAUAAAGUGUUGAAUAUCGCAUCAUAUCACAUUCAUAUUAUUGGCACAUGCAUAAUUCCUAUGAAAUACAUCACUGAUUGUUGGAUUUCUUUCCAUAAUCAAAACCUGUUUGUAAUUAUUUAUUUUUUUUUCCUUUUAAUGUAUUUAUGUGGGCUCACACACGUAUGUGCGUGUGCGCACGCCUGUGUGUUUGUGUAUAAACUUUCACCAUGUCACAAAAGGGACUGAACAUGCUGUAGCAGUUGUUGUUUUGUUUUUCUGCUCAUGGCGCUUCUGUUUGAUUUAAGCACUGUUAAUACCUGCAUAUUAUUUUGUUGAAGGAAAUGAAGCAUUAAAGACUUGUAUAAAGAAA